CCGUGGAUCGGGCAUUACAGCGCCAUAAACACUGAACAGAUGUCCGCAGAAAUGGUCUAAACAUCCAGGAAGAGCGAACUGGUAUUUUUGUGAGUUCACCAUAUGACGAACUAAAAGGGGUCUGUGUGUCCACUCCCCCCUGAGGAGAAUGAAGGGAUUAUUCCUGGUGGAGCCUCUGGUAGCCGUAUAUGCCUUCGCCAGUUUCCUGAUCUACCCUCUGGUACAGCAGUAUGUCUACAGGAGGCUAUGGCAGGAGCUGACCAACACAACCUACCCUGUCUCUGACAACAGCUCACGCUGCGAUCCCUCCAACACCAGCAGCCACCAUGAGGAUGUCCAGAAGGCGGCGUCUCUCUUCUCCCUCUACACCGAUCUCUUCUCCAUGAUCCCCUCCCUGGCCGCCACCCUCAUCCUCGUCGCCUAUAGCGACCAGCGCGGACGCAAGAUCACCAUCAUCCUGCCUCUGAUUGGCUCUCUGUUUUACACGCUGUCCUUCCUGUCCGUCUCCUUCUUCGAGCUGGACCUCUACCUCCUCAUCGUCUCCUCCUUCGUCAGCGCCCUGUUCGGGGGCUUGGGGACGUUCCUGGGGGGCUGUUUCUCCUACAUCGCUGACCUGUGCGAGGACGGGCAGGAGAAGACCCUGCGGAUGGCCGUAGUGGACAUGGUGAUCGGCCUGUUGUCUGGAGUGGCCUCUCUCUCUACGGGCUACUUCCUCCGAGCAGCAGGCUUCAACUGGCCCUUCUUCACCUCGGCUCUGUUCCAGUGUGUCAACCUGGUCUACGCCGUCUUCGUCCUGGAGGAGACGGUCCAACGACCUCCAGACGACCCCCUGGACGGCUCCCCGCGCCGCACCGCCAUGCGUCAGCUGGCCUACGGGGUCUACCAGCUGUUUGCAGGGGCCAGCAGGAGGCGCAACGUCCUCCUGGUUCUCCUCCUGCUCCUCUUCUCCUCCUUCUCCUUCGCCAACAUGGGUGGGCUCUCCUUGAUCACGUUGUACGAGCUCAACCAGCCGCUGUGCUGGACCGAGAUCUUGAUUGGCUACGGCUCGGCGCUGUCCACCACGGUGUUCCUGACCAGCUUCGUGGGCGUGACGGUGUUCUCUCGCUGUGGCGUGCCCAACCUCAUCAUCAUCCUCAUAGGGAUAGUGAGUGUCAUGGCGGGUAUGACCAUGGUGGCCUUCGCCAAGACCACGCUCAUGAUGUUCCUGGUGAGGCUUCCAAUGCUGCUGGCUAUCAUGCCGUUCCCCGUGCUGAGAUCCAUGAUGUCAAAGAUCGUAUCAAAGACCGAGCAGGGAGCGUUGUUUGCGUGCUUGGCGUGCCUGGACAGUGUGAGCAACAGUGUGGCAGUGGUUUUGUUCAGUAGUCUCUACGCUGCCACUGUAACCUGGUACCCUGGAUUCUGCUUCCUGUUGUCUGCUGGACUCUGUGUCAUCCCAUUGGCCCUGCUAGGGGGUGUGAGGCUGCUGGGAGUGGAAGAAGGUAAAGAGGCCAAGGAGGUGGAGGCCCUCAUCCCAGGAGAGGAAGGUCUCGCUGGGGACGAGAACGACAAUCCUCCCCUCACCUGAGACUGGAGGCUGGAGGCCGGAUAGGGAAGACUGGAAACCCUGGUGCACUUUGUAUUGUAGUCUCUUUUCUCUCUCUGUGUCAGGGUCUAUAGCCCUCGGAGAGAUGGAUUCCCUCAGGUGAACUGCUCUGCUAUAAAGCCCUUUAGGAAGUGUCCAAUUCAGCACUUACGUCAUCUACUCACCACCUUGGAAGCACUCUAUCCGGUGUGGCUGCACUGGGGUGGCUAUAGUCUUAAUUAAUGCAUUUCUAGGUCAAGAAAGAGUAUACCGUUUUAGCAAAGGAAAUUAAAGUUAUGUUUCUAAAAUGUCUUCAGUAGUAUAAUAUAAUAAGAGAAACAGGUUUCAAACAUCCUCGACGAUCAGAGCUCAGAACUGUUCCCUUCAAAAGGAAACUCUAAAUGUGUGACAGGUAGCGGGCUCACCUUUUUAGUAUGAAGCGGAAACAUUUUAAAGGAAAUACAAUGUGUGAAUAUGUGCCAUGUGUAACUAUGUUUAAAAAAAAGUCUAUGUUUUCAGGGCUAUUCAACUCUUACACUACGAGGUCCUGAUUCCUGCUGGUUUUCUGUUCUACCUGAUAAUUAUUGCACCCACCUGGUGUCCCAGGUCUAAAUCAGUCCCUGAUUAGAGGGGGGGCUAUGGGAGAAAAGCAGAGGAACUGGCUUCCAGGUCCAGAGUUGAGUUUGAGGGCCCUACUGUAUAUAGUGCACUACUUUUGACCUGAACCCUAUGGGCUCUGGUCAAAAGUAGUGCACUAUAUAGGGAAUAUGGUACCAUUUAGGGCACACAAAUAUGUUUUGGUUUGGUUUGAUUUUCCUAGCUCCUGUACUCGGGGUCAUUUCUCCAUAAACUUUUUUUGAAUCACUGG